AUGGCGGAAUUUCUUAGCAACCCCCAUGGAUUUAUUUUGGAUAAUAUCAUAGCAACUCUAAUAGCCUUACUAAUUCGAUGGUGUAUCUCUUUAAACCCGUACUCAGGUAAAGGUAAACCACCGAUGUAUGGCGACUAUGAGGCUCAACGUCAUUGGAUGGAAUUAACGACCAAUUUGCCAGUGAAGCAAUGGUAA